AGCGGAAGGAUUGUAUUGUCUUUCCCAACAAAAAUUUAUUUGAAGUUACAAAAAUAAAAGACUGAAAAAUGUCGUCUUCAGGUGAAGACAGUGCUCCGUACGAGAGUGACAGCGACAUCUCGGAAAUCGACCCGGACUCUGAAAUCUUGGCGCCCGUCCAGCGCCGAAUUGAGGAGCAGCUGCGAAAGCACCUACAAGAACUAACACAGCAACUCCAUGAAACAAACAACGAACUGUCUGGUGUUGAAAAAGAGCGUGAGACAUGUGGCGUUGACCUGUACAAUGCCCAGCAACAUCUUGCAAAGCUGCAAGAGACCUUCGAGAGGUACCAUGAAAAGCACGCAUCUAUCCAGCAACAACAUGAGGAAAAACUUCGCUCGAGGGAAGAGCUGUCGUCCGCUUCGGACGGCAUACAGAAAAAGGUGGAGGAUAUGCAGAAGCAGCUCACUCGUUACCAAGAUGAAUUGGGCAAGCUGACGGAAACGCUCGCGAAGGUGGAGCGCUUCAACGCUGAACUCAAGGAUGAGGUGGAGCUUGAGCGCCGUGCCGCUCAUAAGACCGAGGACGACAUUACUAACCUUGAAAAAGUGAAAAUGCGGCAAGACGCUCUGAUCCUGUCUCUCCAGAACCGCAUCAAAGCACUCGAAAACGAGAGUGCCACAGUAGAUGAGCAGGUGGAGAGUCAGCGCGAGGAAACGAAGCGGGCACGGGAGACGUUGGCUGAUGCCAGGUCGGAGAUGGAGGCCAUCGUUAUGGAAAAGAAGCAGCUUGUCCAGCAGUGGCGAAGCUCCUUGAUCGGGAUGCAGAGGCGUCAGGACGCUGUCAAGAAGACGGAGGAAGCACUGCAGCAACAAAAGGACGACUUGCUGGUGCUGGAAAACGAGAUCACUGGCUUCAGACGUGACAUCCGAGACGCCCAAGUGGAGAACACCAAACUGACAGAGUUUAUGUCGCGCAUCGACAACGAAAUCGUCAUCUUAGAGAGACAGAUGGAAGGACUGCUGGCGAAGAAGGAGGAAAGCACCCAGACCUACGCUCUCUUAGAGAAAGCCAUCGCCAGCACCACCGAGGAAAGCAAAGCCAUAGAGCUCCAGGUCAAAGGCAAGUCCGCCGAGCUCUCUGAGGUGGAGAAGCAGAUUUCAAAGCACGCGAAGGCUAUUGUGGACAUGGAGAACGAUGUGAUGGCGCACCUGAGCAAGCAGACAACACUGAAGCAAGAGAGCCAGGGUGUUCUACUAGAGGUGCAGAAGAUCAAAGAUGCGAUUCGGGCGAAGGAGCAACAAGUGACGCAAAUGGAGAACGAACUGGCCCGAAUUCGCGUCGACACGCUGCAGUCAAAGGCAUACAACGAAGCGCUUGCGACGACGCUCACAGACCUCGAGAAAGAGCUGCAGUCGAGGAGCACCAUGAUUGAGCGGAUGCAGGCCGACAUCCGUCGCCGCAACGACGAGAUAGAUCGCAAACAGAAGCAACUGGACCAGCUCAACCACCAGUACGAGCAAAUCUUGGCCGCUCACAGCGACCUCCACGGCGAGCACGUCGGACCACUGGAGGCGACCAUCAACAGCCUCUCCAAGGCAAUCGCGGCAAAAUCGAGCGAGAACGAGGCACUUCAACAGGAAUGGAUCCGCCUCCAGACGGAGCUGGUCAACUACACGAACACGAUGAACGACAUCAACGACGCCAUCCUCGACGCGCAGGCGAAGGCUACCAUUCUCUCCCAGAAGAAAGACCGUCUUUUGGGCGACAUCAGCGCAGGUCGGCAGCAGAUUGCUUCGUUGCAGAACAAGUCCAAUGCGAUGCACCUUGAAAUGAAGCGUGUGAACACGCAACUGAGCCAGAACAACGGCGCGCAGCAGGUUGCCUCCGACGACGUCUUCCUCCUUGAGAACGACCUUGUUCGGCGGCUGGAGGAAAAGAAGCGCGAGGCGAUCCAACUGGAAAAGAAAGUUGACGAUACGCGCCAGAGCAAGUCGGACAUUGUGGAGCAGAUUCUCGCGUGCGAGCGCGACAUCAUGUUCUGGGAGCGGAAGUUGCAGGUUGCCCGUGAGACCGAAAUGGCACUCGACCCCACCAUCGGCCGCGCAGAGAUUGAAAAGAUGACGAAAGAGAUUAACUUUAUGGAGCAGCGCAUGGCGCAGCUGCAGCGGGAGCAGAAGUUUCUCAUCGAGGAGAUGCAAAAGCUGAUCGACCACCGCGAUGUCAUUCGGACCAAAGGUAAAGCGAUGAGCGUUGCCAUGCAGAAGAACAAGCGCGGCGCCACCCGUCUCGCGGUUGAGAAGGAGAAUACUCGUCUCUUCAAAGAACUGAACGCGAAGCGGCAGGAGUCGCGCAAGAAGGAGAAGCUCAUUAAGGAGAGCUUAUCGGAGAUGGAGCGCACCGCGGCGGAGGUGGACCGCACACAGCACGACAUUCAACAACUAGAGGGGCAAAUCGAAGACCUGCAGGCGCAGAUUGCAGCCGCUCAAAAGGAGCGAGAGCGCGCCGAAGACGAAAAACGGCUCCGCCAAAGCAAUCUUCAGCACCUGAAGGAGGGGGAGACCGGCACGUACCGACUCUCUUGCUAUCCUGAAGAAUCUGCGACGGAGACUGCGCGCUUGGAGGAGGGUAGACGAGCCGUCGUAAACAUUAUUCAGGAGUUAGCGGAGCAGUUUCCUGAUCUUGCCCCGUCGUUGCAAGAUCUCACGACAAGCAUCUAA